CGGGCCGGCGUCUUGUCGCGGCUUCCCGGUUGCCCGCACGCCAUGGAAUGCCUGCGCUGCUUGCCCGGGUUGCUGCCCCGCGCCGCGCAGUCUCGGAGGGCCCUGUGUACGGCGGCUGCGCGCCUGAGCCUCGCUGCCCACUGCGGCCGCGCGACCCCGCUGCUUUCCGGGAGCCAGAAGGCGCCGAGCACACCCCGUGCUGCAGGUGAUGUGCACCGGUUUAGAACUUCUGAUGCCUCUCAAGCUACUUUAGCCAGCGUGGCCCAGGUGUUUGCUGUGACAAAGUUUGACAAAGAAGGAAACGUUACCUCUUUUGAGAGGAAGAAAACGGAAUUAUACCAUGAGCUAGCACUGCAGGCCAGAGACUUGAGGUUUCAGCAUGUGAUGAGCAUCACUACCAGGAACAACAGGAUCAUCAUGAGGAUGGAGUAUUUAAAGGCUGUGAUUACUCCAGAGUGUCUUCUGAUACUAGAUUAUCGGAAUUUAAAUCUGGAGCACUGGCUGUUCCGGGAACUGCCAUCACAGCUGUCUGGAGAAGGUCAGCUCGUCACAUACCCAUUACCGUUUGAGUUCCGAGCUAUUGAAGCACUCCUGCAGUAUUGGAUCAACACCCUUCGGGGGAAACUAAGCAUCCUGCAGCCGCUGAUCCUUGAGACCCUGGAUGCAUUAGUGGACCCCAAGCACUCUUCUGUUGACAGAAGCAAACUGCAUGUCCUACUCCAAAAUGGCAAAAGUCUCUCUGAGUUAGAAACAGACAUUAAAAUUUUCAAAGAGUCGAUUUUGGAGCUCUUGGAUGAGGAGGAGAUGCUGGAAGAACUCUGUCUAACCAAGUGGAGCGACCCACAUGUCUUUGAGAAGAGCAGCACUGGGAUUGAGCACGCAGAGGAGAUGGAGCUGCUGCUGGAGAACUACUACCGCCUGGCUGAGGACCUCUCCAACGAGGCGCGGGAGCUGCGGGGCCUGAUCGACGACUCACAGAGCAUCAUCUUCAUCAACCUAGACAGCCAUCGCAAUGUGAUGAUGAGGUUAAAUCUGCAGCUGACCAUGGGAACCUUCUCCCUUUCACUCUUUGGACUAAUGGGAGUUGCUUUUGGCAUGAAUUUGGAAUCUUCUCUUGAAGAGGACCAUCGUGUAUUUUGGCUGAUUACAGGAAUUAUGUUUAUGGGAAGUGGCCUCAUCUGGAGGAGGUUGCUUUCGUUCCUUGGAAGACAGCUGGAAGCUCCUGUGAUGGCCUCCUUACCUAAAAAGACCCUUCUGUCAGAUAGAAGGAUGGACGUGAAAAACAGCCUCAGGCCGGAAGGACUUGGAGCAAGCAGGACUGUCCUAGCAAGCCGCUAGCAGCAGCCUGGCAGACAAAGAUUUUUAUACUUCUGAAGCUAUUAUCACUUUCGGGGGGUGGGGGAAAGACAACUGGUGUUUAAAUUAUGUCUAACUAAAAAUACUGUGGCAUUCACAAUACUAAACUUGAUUACAUCUUCAGAAUUUGAGACAAAGAGGUUUCUUUGUAAAAGGCCAAAAUCCUGUGUCCUACCAACUUUGAAUACUGUUUUUAUGAGCUUUUUAAAGUAUAGAUAAUUUAUUGUGAGAUAGACUUAUCUAGGUCAAUACCAUUAUACAUAUCAAGAAGAGUGCAGCUCUGUGCUGAUGGAGCCCAGAGCUUGUAGGACUUAGUUCCUAUCUGUUCCUCACUCAGGGAAGAAAGUUGAUAGAUCUGUUAGCCUUGCAGCAAACUCUGGAAUGUCACUACUUGAUAGAACUUUACUUCCAGUAUUUGCUUUCUUAUAUAUACAAUGAAUGAAAAGGAGGUAUAAUUUAAUGUCAACAUACUUGGAUUCCAAUUGAUCAAGAUUGUUACUAUUUUUUGAUUAGUUAUAAAUAGAACUAUGGGAAGUGAAGUUUUAAAGAAAGUGUUUAUUCUCGUACAAUUUUAUAGCUGUUUUGAUCAUUGACUGAUUUAAGAGAUUGUCAUGUUGCUCCCUCCCCAAGAGAAAAGUAUACAGACAGCUAAUGUGUUUGCCUACCUCUCAAAAGUUAGCAGAUGGGCUUGUCAAACAAGAACAUAGCUAAUGUAGGAACUGCUGAAGCAUUAUCUUCCCAAUCAGAAGCUCUCGUUUAAAAUAAAUGGCAAAGCAGGACAUGGUUGGUCUACCACCUGUGCUUCCAGUCCUUGCAAGGCUAUACAGCAGGAAGAUUAUAAAAAGUUUGAGGCCAGCCUGGGCUGCAGAGUAUGUUCUAAGCCAGUGAAGGCUAUAGAGUGAGUUCCAGACCCACCUGGACUCUGUCUCAAGCCACCAGGUGAGGUGGGGCAGGGAGUGCUGCUCACUGUAGAGUGUUCGCUCGCCCAGCCUGAGCAGAGCAGUGGGAUCAGCCCUCUGACUGCUGCACAGGGAAGAGUCAGAUCAUUUAUACCUACGGCUCUUACCUGAAAGUUUGAAAGCUGUCGUUCUAAUAAACAUUCAGCCAGCCCUUGUGUGUUCUCAGGAGGUUUCAUACGGUUGUGUGCUAGAACAUUACAAUAACCAAAAAGUGUGCUUCCCAAAGAUUGCAGUAAGGCCAGAGCAACUCUUAGCCUACAGAGUAGGAAUAAUGAAAAAGUGUUCCCAGCCCAGACACUGGGCAUCUGAUUACCCUAAUAGUGUCCCACAAGGAUUGCUGGGUACUUCAGUGAUGGAAGUAAAAGAUGCUUCUGCAGUAGAAAACAGAAGCUCCCCUCCUAUGUGGGGCUGUGAGAAGCUGAUUGGCAGCAGAGCUGGCCUGGUGUCCCAGCCAUGAGGCCCCUUCAGGCCUCUGGGCGAGAUGCUGGAAUGUGAGUAUGGAAACUGUAGCAGCUGAACCCUUGACAGCCUCGAGGAUAGUCUUUGAUGAUGCCCAGAUUUCACACCCUCUUCAGCACACAGAGCACUGCACUGCUGUGGAGUCUUACUCCGUGAAGAAUUGAAGUCCAUUUGAUCCCAGGUCAGACAGGGCUGAAUCUCAUUUUUCCUUGUAGUGUUAGUUUAUGAGCUUAAAUACAGUAAAUGUCUUGAUUAGUCUUGUUCCUCUUAGCAGAGGGACAAAAUGUAAUUACUUUGCCUCAGAUAAGAGGAUGGAACUGGUAGUUUGUAAAAAUUUUAAAGGUGGUUAUGUUGGGUAGGGUUUUUAAGUGAAACUGCUUCUUAAAGGAAAUGUAAAAUAUCAAAUACUGAAUUUUAUGAUUGAGCAAGUAGUCACUCAUCGAGUGUGAGCAAAGAGGUGUGAUACUUUCUGUCCUUAGGUUCAGAGCCUCUGAGCCAGUGUGGGCAGAGCAGAGGUCAUCCUAUGAAGUGAUUCCUGACAACAGACUGUGGAAUAGCUAAACAGCUCACACUGAUAGGCUGCUGUGUGGUGGUAUCCAGGAGCUGCACUCAGCUCCAUUUCUUGGAAUGGCUGCACUGAAGCUGCAUUUGAGCUUUAGUGUGGUAACUUCAGUAAUGGCCAAAGAGGUUAUCUAAUAGAAGGAUUGCAAUGGGGUUAGAGACCUGAGCUCUAUUCCAGAGUUGUCAUUCCAACUUCAUAGUCUGGAACAAUAAGGCAUAAAGCAAUUCUAAUCUUGAAGCCUUGAAAAUGUAUAGAGAAAGAUAGAAAACCAACAUGUGAAUGUCUGGUGUGUCUUGCGGUAAAGAUCAGGAAGUGUAUCAGAAGGCUGCUUUAGCUCAGCUCUCUCAGUCACUUAAGCAUUGUGGGGCUGAUUCUUAGAACCAGUUAGUGCUUGGAGGAAGGAGAUUGUAAUUCAGCUGUUGAGGAUAAUGUGCAGACUGCUAAUAUUUUCUCUGUAUCAGGUUUUUCUAUAUUCUUUAGGUUGACCUUCAAAAGUGGGUGUAGCAUUUACUUUGUCACAGAGAAGUCGAUAUAUUAAGUAUCCUUUCAACUUGAA